AUUUAAACAUAAUGACAGCAGCUUCAAGCUCAUAACACAACACAAAAGGACAUCAGUGCGCCAAGAGCUUUAUAACUUUGAAGAAGUAAAAGCAAGAAACAUCAAAAGAAAGAAAUUUGUAAAACAGCAGUGUUACUCUUCAAUCCGAAACCUCACUAGAAACGAAAGAUACCUGCAUGGAAAGUUAAGUAAAAGUAUACUUCGGGCAUUAACGACGCCUAACAAUUCAAUAUUAUAUUGUCGAGUAAGUAAAGCCGCUUCAACACAUAUGAUCAAUAAUCUUGCCGAAAUGUUUAAUUGUGAUAUUAAUUGUUUAAGAAAUUCUUCCAAAUUAAUCCGGAAGUUGCCGUAUAAAAAGAAAAAAAUCGAAAUUACAAACUCUUACAAGUUUCUCUUUGUAAGGGAACCAUAUGGUCGAUUAUUUUCUACGUAUUCGAAUAAGUUUUAUUUCCCAAAAGGAUAUUGGUAUCCAUUAGGUACAAAUAUCAUAAGAAGAUUAAGAGAGAAUCCAUCACAGGACAGUCUAAUAUACGGCCACGAUGUAACGUUUGCUGAGUUAAUACGGUAUAUUGUGGAAGAAUUUGAAGUUGGUCACAUUAUGGACGAACAUAUCAGACCCAUGGCUGCCGAGUGCAACCCUUGUAACUAUGAAUUUGAUUUUAUUGGUAAAUUAGAAACAAUGUCAUCAGACAUUGCUUAUCUUAGAAAUGAAUGGAACAACAGACAUUUCAGUAAGAAAUCUCAGGAACAUUUAGGAAAAAGGACAAAUUUGUUGUCAGAAAUGCAACAUUUUCAUUUAACCCUGAAAAAAAUAAAUGGAUCACACAUCAACAUAUUCAAUCUUUACCAAAGGGCAUGGAGGUACUAUCAGAUAACCGCAGUCAUAUCUAAACAUAUCAACAUGCCAUUUUCUAAGAAUAAGACUAUAAACUAUGAUAAAUUCAUACAGGAACUAGAGAAAGCUAGAAAAAUGACGGAUGUGUAUAAUACUACAGCAGUUAAAGCUCAAAAACAUGAAGCGAUGGUACAGGCAUAUUCUACUGUUCCAAUAAGGGAUAUAGGAAGAUUGAAAACUUUUGUCAGAGAAGACUGUUUGUUGUUUGGAUAUGAGGAGAGUCUUUCAUGGCUAUUUGACAAAAAAGUAUCCACCAAAGAACAAACUACAUUCAACUAUUUCAUUGGCCUUGAUUGAAUUUAGAAGGAUAAAAUGAUAAUGUAUGAAUAAAAGGCUUUGCACACAAUUUUAUAACUUCGAGCAUUUUUAAAUACAAUGUGUUUGUAAUAGGUGUUUCCAGAUGACAUUGCUUUGAUUGUAGUAAAGAACAAAGAAAUAUCGUGAAAGUUUUGCCUGUACUUAAAGGUUAACUUUAAAACAGUUCCUUUUUUAUGUUCAGAGAUAUCUCAACUCAUUUCCUGUCACUUUGGAAUAUAUACCAACUUAUGCAUUUUUCAUUAAAGUCAAGUGUUUUAUUAUUUAGUCCUACAUUUUAUGAUAGAAUUUCAUGUAAAAUGUUUCUCACACUUAAAUGAAUUUUUUCACCUAAUUUUAUGAUUAAUAAUUUUUAUAUUUGAUGAA